UGCAUCGACCACCUUGUAUUUAUUACUAGCAAUAUUAUGGAAAUAUUUCCUAGGAAUCCAAUAAUUUCAUUGGAUGAUUAUAUCGAGAUAUCAGAUACUCAGAGCGCCAUCUAUGAAUCGCAUAAUGUGGCUGCUCUCUACGAGAAAGGCAUGAGUGAAAUGCCGUAAUAUUUGUACGAAACAUCUUCAAACGUGCUUAAAUUCGUGAAUAUUAAAUGUGAGUCGGGAGUUGGUGUUAAGUGUACUAUGUAUUAUUUAGACGUUUCUCUAAUAUUACCACAUAAUCCUGGUCUUGAAGUGUCAAGAGUUUAUUUAAAGAAAAACAUUCUUGAGUCAAUAAAACAAUUAUUUGGUGAAGAAGGAACUAAGUAUACUAUUGAUAUCCUGAAAUAUAAUCCAAAAGAACUUAGAUGUGUUUUAAGGUGCACCGAUGAUUGUUAUGUACGUUUAAGAGCAGCAUUAACCUUAAGUGAAAAAUACGAAGGACAACGUUGCACUUAUAUUAUUCAUCGUGCUUCGCCAAAUUUAUUAUCAUUUUGUGCUGAUAGUAGGAAUUAUAAACAUUAAAAUAUAAAGAUUUUGGACAUAAAAACAACUUAAGUUUGAAGAAAAACCAACUUAAUUCACUUACAUCAUUUUCUAAAAGGAAAAUAUUGAUUCUUUUGUUUUAUAUUAAUUUUUUUUAUUAAUUAUUCAACAA